AUGAAGACCAACCCCCUCUUGCACUUUUGCAUUCUGUGCAUAGCCUUCGCUACCGAGCCCCUACGGUUGUCAUUCGCCCUGGCCGAGACAGCAAACAAAACCGCACCGCUGCAGGAUAUCGUAACAUGGGAUGAAUACUCUGUUCUUGUCCGCGGCGAGCGAGUAAUACUCCUAUCUGGUGAAUUUCAACCAUACCGACUACCCUCCCCGGGCCUCUGGCUAGAUAUCUUCCAGAAGGUGCGCGCGUUAGGGUAUUCAGCCGUUUCGUUUUAUCUGGACUGGGCACUCCUCGAACAUGAGCCCAGCCACGUUCGCAUCGAAGGAGUCUUUGACCUGGAUAAAUUCUUCGACGCUGCCAGCAAAGCAGGUAUCUACCUGAUUGCCCGCCCCGGGCCAUACAUUAACGCUGAAGUCUCCGGUGGCGGCUUUCCGGGAUGGCUCUCACGCCUGCCUGGGAGGCUGAGGUCAACAGACGAGGACUACCUUGAUGCGAUUAUGCCUUACAUCAAGGCUACUGGCGAGAGAAUUUCAAAAGGUCAGAUAACGAACGGUGGACCUGUGAUAUUAUUCCAGCCGGAAAACGAAUAUACCCUAUGCGUGAACACGACCGGGUACACGCAGAUCAACAAUAUGACCGUCGGUGGCAUAGACUCGUCUUGUUUGGACAAGGAAUAUAUGGUAUAUGUUCAGAAGAAAUACCGGGAAGCAGGUAUCACAGUUCCAUACAUCAUCAACGAUGCUUUCUCUGUCGGCAAUUUUGCCCCUGGGUCUGGUGCUGGGGCUGGCGAUAUCUAUAGCUUUGACCAUUAUCCGUUGGGAUGGUCUGUUGCGCCGCUGGACUCAUCGGAUUGGUCUGCUUUGCUUGAUCCAUUGCGUAUGUACAAUUUCACGCUUCAUAAUAAGAUAUCCCCUGGAUCUCCCGUGGCAAUCUCUGAAUUUCAGGGAGGGGUGCCGGAUCCCUGGGGUGGACCUGGAGUGGAACAAGCUGCCGCUCACAUCAAUUCUGAGUUCGUCCGCGUCUUCUAUAAGUUGAACUAUGGGUUUCGUGUUACCAUCCAAAAUCUCUACAUGCUAUUUGGAGGAACAAACUGGGGCAAUCUUGGCCAUCCCGGGGGGCACACCUCGUAUGAUGUUGGGGCAGGAAUUUCCGAAAACCGCCUGGUUCAUCGCGAGAAAUACAGUGAGAUGAAGCUGCAAGCCGCUUUCCUACAAGUAUCGCCCGCCUACCUGCUCUCCCAGCCCGAUAAUGGCACAUUCGGCGUCUACACUGAUACUCAUGCCCUUGCGGUCACAAGACUGGCAGGGUCACCGACAGACAUUUACAUCGUCCGCCACAGCAACGUGACGGCGCUUGAUCGUAUCUCGUAUCGUCUCCAUGUUUCGUCCAGUAUCGGGAACUUGACACUUCCCCAGACGGGAGGAGAACUCAGUCUGAACGGGCGAGAUUCCAAGUUCCAUGUGGUAGAUUACGAUUUCGGCGGUAUUAACCUGAUAUACUCCACAGCAGAGAUAUUUACCUGGAAGAAGUCGAGCGAGCGAACAGUGCUCGUGCUAUACGGAGGUGAAGAUGAACUUCAUGAAUUUGCUCUGCCUGUUAAAUUCGGUGCCCACCCCAGGAUUGAGGGUAAGGGCGUGAGGGUCCACAACAGGAAGUCAGCAAUCGUCGUGCAAUGGUCUGUCGAGUCCGGGCACAGAGUUGUCACGUUUGGCGAUGACUUGGAGGUCCAUCUACUCUGGAGAAACGAUGCCUACAAUUACUGGGUUCUGGAUCUCCCUGCUCCAGAGCCUCUAGGCCUCUACUCCUCACCAUCCAGAGCCGACAAAUCUGUUAUUGUCAAGGCUGGGUACCUACUGCGCAACGCGAGUAUUUCCGGCGACACACUUCGUUUAAGUGGCGAUAUCAACUCUACCACCGAGAUCGAAGUGAUUUCCGCACCUACCAAAAUCACCGGACUUGAAUUCAAUGGACUUAUGAUCAAGUCAUCGACCAGGUCAGGCCGGACCGUGGGAACUGUCGAUUAUGAUCCACCGUCACUUGAUCUUCCCGGCCUGGAAUCGCUAGAGUGGAGAUACAUCGAUUCUCUCCCCGAGUUAGGUAUCUCCUACGACGACAGUGACUGGACACAAUGCAACCACACCAGUACAAACAACCCAAGGACCCUCUCCACCCCAACUUCAUUAUACGCCGGCGACUACGGAUACCACACUGGCUCCUUGUUAUACCGCGGAUCCUUCAUCGCAGAUGGCUCCGAAUCGUCCGUAUAUCUGCUGACCGAAGGCGGCUACGCAUACGGUCAUUCCGUAUGGCUGAACUCAACAUACCUAGGGUCCUGGGCCGGUAUUGACGCAGAAAUGUUCCAUAACCAGACCCUUUCGUUCCCUGACGCGCUCGAGCCCGGCACUCCGUAUGUGUUAACAGUAUUAAUCGACCACAUGGGUCUCGACCUGAACUUCGCUACGAAUGUCCAGACAAUGAAAGAUCCAAGAGGUAUUCUGGACUUUGACUGGGGCCGCGACAAAUCAGCUAUCUCCUGGAAAAUUACUGGAAAUCUAGGCGGGGAACAAUACCACGACCUCAGCCGUGGCCCCCUGAAUGAAGGUUCCCUCUACGCCGAACGACAGGGGCUGCAUCUACCCGGAACGCCGGUACAUGAUUGGAAAAGCCACUCGCCCUUGAACGGGCUGUCCAAGUCAGGAGUUGGGUUCUUUGUUACUGAGUUCGAUCUCGCCAUACCUCAUGGAUACGAUGUGCCUAUCAGUGUUGUCUACACGAACUCAACCCGAGAUAAUUCGUCAACGCCGUAUAAAUUCCGGUCCCAGCUUUUCGUGAACGGGUGGCAGUUUGGAAAGUACGUGAACCACAUUGGACCACAGGCGAGAUUCCCGGUCCCCGAGGGUAUACUAAAUUACAAUGGCACCAAUACUAUUGCCUUGAGUCUGUGGUCAAUGGAGACCGGGAUCGUAAAGCUAGAUGGGAUCCAGCUGGAGGCUGAUGCAGUUCUGCAAAGCUCAUACGCGAAGCCCUCGUUUGUGCAAGCGGAACCGUACAGGAAAAGAGAGGGGGCAUAUUAG